CUCCUCCCCCUCUGUCUCUGCAGUGAGGUCACGGGUGGGCGGUGCGUCAGCAGCGGCUUCUGCUUCACUGUUGGGGACAGCCCGAGUGCCCGACUGUGAUGUACGAUUCUGUGAAAAGAUGGGCAGAUAUGUGAAUUAUUAGCCCAAGAAGUUAAUCUUGCUGAUGGCUGCAAACUUGUUUUCAUUAUUAAAUCUUGUCAUUGGGACAUUAGCAUUCACAAUGGUCACCCAAAUAUAUAUAGCUGCAACCAGCACUCUGGGAUCAUCUUCCAGUUGGGCGUUUACUGGUGAACUAACUUUCACGCUAUUGGAGGUGGAAAACUUCAUUACACAGUGAAUCCAGAAUUUUGUCUAUGAUACUGGAAAUCCACUAUUUAAUGCUCCAGUCCCUCUAACUUCUAGAAGUGUAGCUUUGAAAUCAACAUGUCUCAGGCUGUGAAGACAUCAGCAGUUGAGUGUUUUUAUGUUCAGUUGAAAGAAAAUAUGAAGAGUCUGCAUGUCUCUAGAAAUGGAAAUCUCCUUCAAAGCUAGACUUUGUACCAAAUCACAGUUUUCUAUUGGAUUAAAUCACUGGAUUGUUUUCAAGACCGGUGAUUUAAGGGUUUGAGCAAAAACUUUUUGUAUGUGCAUUAAGGUGUACAUUUAUAUUAGUCAAUUUAAAAGAAGUGCUUUUAAAUGACAGAGUUUUGUGGGUAAUUUCUUUAAAGGCUAUGAUAUUAAACGUGAAGUGUUGAAAAUACCAAUUUUGGUAUCUUAUUAAAUGUUUACUGCAAUGAAAGUAGCCAUACUGGUUGUGCAACUGAAAUAACUAGAAACUGAGAUCUGAAAGAGCUAACUGUGAUCAAAUUUCAGGUUCACCUAUUUAAAAUUUAGCUAUGGAAGCUUCACAGACAAAUUUCCCCCUAGGCCAUCAGUCAAAGCAAAAAGGAACUGUAGCACAAGAAGAUGGCAGCCCUCCAGCAAAAAAAGCAAUGACAGAAAUGCAUCUAAAGGAUAAAGUACUAACUAUGGUAAAUAAAUUGUCAACAAUUAAGAAGGAGCACUUGGAUGAAUGUGAAGAAAAUCUUAUGGAGAACAGAGAGGAAGAUGCCAAACCAAAUGUUGCUGCAGCAUCUGAGUCUUUGAACUUAAAUCCUGGGUUGAAACAUACACUGGCACAGUUCCACUUAAGCAGUCAGAGUUCACUGGGUGGACCAGCAGCAUUUUCUGCUCGCCAUUCCCAAGAAAGCACAUCUUCUGUCUUUGUACCUCUGCCAUCACCCCAGAUCCUUCCUGGUCCAUUGCUUGUUCCUUCAGACAGCUCUACAGAGCUGACUCAGACUUUAUUGGAAGGGGAGUCCAUAUCUUGUUUUAAAGUCGGAGGAGAAAAGAGACUUUGCCUGCCUCAAGUUUUGAAUUCUGUGCUCCGUGACUUUUCUCUACAGCAAAUUAACACCGUGUGUGAUGAGCUUUACAUCUAUUGCUCUAGGUGCACUUCUGACCAGCUUCACAUCUUAAAAGUUUUGGGAAUCCUUCCAUUUAAUGCUCCAUCUUGUGGGCUGAUCACGCUGACUGAUGCUCAGAGACUAUGCAAUGCAUUGCUGCGCCCUCGCACUUUCCCUCAAAAUGGCAGCCUGCUUCAUGCUAAAAGUUCACUAGCCCAACUAAAAGAGACUGGCAGUACCUUUGAAGUAGAGCAUGAAUGCCUGGGCAAGUGCCAGGGUUUAUUUGCUCCUCAGUUUUAUCUUCAGCCAGAUUCUCCAUGUAUCCAGUGUUCGGAGUGCUAUGGGAUGUUUUCACCCCAAACAUUUGUGAUGCAUUCUCAUCGAUCCCCUGAUAAGAGGACCUGUCAUUGGGGCUUUGAAUCUGCCAAAUGGCAUUGCUAUCUUCAUAUUAACCAAAAAUAUCUAGGAACCCCAGAAGAGAGAAAUUUGAAGCAUCUCUUGGAAGAAAUGAAGGAAAAAUUUAGCAUGAAAAGUCAGAAAAUAACCCAGUCUAAAGCAGAUUCUCAGUAUAACCUAGAAUUCCAAGAAUGGUAUCCAGUUAUAAAGCAAGAAGCAGAUUCUAUUAAUCAGCCACAUUCAUUCAUGCAUCCCAGCUACUACUUUUACAUGUGUGAUAAAAUGGUUGCUCCCAAUGUGUCCCUUACCUCUUCUGUACAACAAUGCAAAGAAGCCACAAAAACAGUGGAGAAGAUUUCAGAGGUAAUUAAAUCUCUACCUGGACAGUUAGUGAAGCAACACAGUGGUGGCAAACGCAAAAAACCCAUCUUCUAUCAAGAUCUCUCUCUUGAAGUACAAGAGAAAGUUGACUUGAAACUUAGCACAGAGGUGUGUGCUAGCAUAGAGCAGCCUCUAUCCAUUAAGCCUGCAAACAGAAGGAAAGCUGAACAGGUCUCUUCCAAAGUAACUAUGGAAGAUGAAGUAGAAGUAAGCGCUGGUGCACAAACCUCAUCUCAAACUCUUACCAGUGGUAUUGGUUGUGAUGAUGACAAAGGGAAAAUGAUGGAAGAAGUAAUGAAAACUUAUAUAAAACAGCAAGAAAAGCUACAUACAAUUUUGCAAAAGAAGCAGCAUCUUCAGAUGGAAGUAGAAAUGUUAAAUAGUUCAAAAGCCAUGAAGGAGUUAACAGAAGAGCAGCAGAACUUACAGAAAGAACUUGAAUCUUUGCAGACUGAGCAUGCUCAAAGAAUGCAAGAGUUUUAUGUUGAGCAAAGGGACUUGGAGAAGAAGUUAGAGCAGGUAAUAAAGCAAAAAUGUACCUGUGAUUCUAACUUGGAAAAGGACAAAGAAGCAGAGUAUGCAGCUCAGUUGGCAGAGCUGAGACAAAGACUGGAUCAUGCUGAGGCUGAUAGGCAAGAGCUCCAAGAUGAACUGAGACAGGAACGAGAAGCAAGGCAAAAGUUAGAGAUGAUGAUCAAGGAAUUAAAACUUCAGAUUCAGAAGUCUUCAAAAAAUGGCAAAGGGAAAUAAAGUGCCAACAAGAAUGUAUCUGAUUUCUCAGCAGGGCUAAUAAAUUACCUGUCAAGGAGAAGCCAAGCCAUGGAGAAGCAAAGGUAUUGGAGACAAUCAUGGGGAACUUUUCCUAUGCAUGCAGCAUCAGGAUAGCAGGAGUUCACAAUUCCCAAUUAUUUCAAUGAUGUUUUGCACAAGAGAAGUUCCCAGUAGAUUGUGCCCAAUGUAUAUGUAUGCAUAUAAAUCUGUAAUAUACAUUUGUACAACUUCCAGACUGACAAAAUCUGUAUUUGUGCUGCUUUUUUUACAGUUACGAGCACCAUUGAAACUUUGUUUUACAGUGCUCAAUAUAUGCUUAUUUUACAAGCUGUCUUGAGGGCUCUAUCUAUACAUUUUAUUGAAUGCAACUCUCUUUAUUCAAAAUAUGCAGCAUCCAUAUACUUUCUUUUGCAUGCAGUCUUACAGUUCUGAAAAUCUAAAGCAAAAACAAAAAAGAGAUUGUAGACAAUUUACUCUGUUACUCUUGUUAUUUCAUUUGAUAGUUAAUGCUGCAUCAAGGAGAGAACUGUUAAUUGAAAAUUAUUAAACAUCAAACAUUUUUCUAAAUGCAGAUUUUCAUACUGUUAACUCAGCUGCUACAUGCCAGUUAUUAAUGAUUAAAUGCCAAGUGCCAAUUAUUUAGGUAACCCGUUAAAUGCUAUUAUGAAAAGGAAUUGCUGAAACAGAGUCUGAGACUUUUUACCUUUCAAAUUUACCUAUUCACUUUGGGUUCAUUAGAGACUGACAGAAAGUUUUGUGUUUGACACUAUUCUUUGAGCAUUCCCAAACACUAAUAGAAGCUUGAAUAUGUUAGACUUAUUUUGUAGAGUGACAAUUUGAACCAUCAUAUAAAUAGGUUAUUUCAUUAGCAAUAAGGUUCUCAUGUAUGGUUUUUCUUUGAGUGCAUGAAGUGGGUGCUCAUGACACUUUAUAGUAUUAAAAUGUUGAGGAGGAACAAAUGAGAGUCUGACAUUGUGAAAGUGAUGCUUACAUUUUUUAAAAGCAAGAUAAAAAAUGCUGCCUUUUUUUUAAAAAAGAAAGAAACAUAGUUAUUAAACUUUUGUUUAUUUUGAAAAUAAAUCCUAAGUUUUUUAUUGGGGUAUCUGACAUUUAGUUUGUAGUUAGUUAACAAGUAGUUCAGUUCCAGAGUUUUCUGGAUCAGAAUCUAAACAGAUGAAGUAUAUUCACAGAAGUGGAUAAAGGAAUAAAUUGAUUUUCUAAAAAUGCUCACUUAUAAAGAAUUUUAUCAGACAAAAAAUAAGGUUGGUGAAAAACUGUGCAAAUGAUUAUAUGGAACUGCUCAUGAGGCAAAAGGAAAGACAGCACCAAUUACAUAGAUGGUGUGAGGUUACUUAAAUGAACUGUCAGUGCAAAUAACUGUCUAAUUGCUCAAAUUUUACUAUAUUAAAUAUAUAUCAGUGGCUAGACAUGGGGAAAGGACAGAAAUCAUUGCCCCCAAACCCCAGGGUCCCUUUUCAGAUAACUGAACAUAAAGAACAAAAUGGCCGAUAUAUUUUACAAAAUUUAAAACUUCUCUGUCUGUCUCUAGCUAUAGGUAUUGCAUGUAACUGAUAAUGCAAGAAUGUGUAUUAGGAUACACAUUGCGAUGCAGAAAGAAAUGUGCAUAUUUACAAACAACACUGCAAAUAGUCAUUCUCAUCUAUAAGUUCAUUGUGUGAGCAACUAUAUCCUGUGUGCUGUGGAAACUUGCUACAUAUGUGGAUUUGGGACAUUUGUUUAACUCUUUUUAUGUAUAGUGUUUAUUGUUAUAUAAGGACCAUUUCACAUAACCAAAUUUGCUUUUUCUUCAUUUAUUAGUUAUUCCCAGUUAAUUAUGCUACUUUUCAACUAUUCAUUCUCCAGAGCAUAUAUAAUAUAUGAUGAAUAAGGAGGCAAUAUAAAAUGAGACUAAAACAAUUAAAAUACCUAGCAAAAGGAAAUUUUAACUGUUUCUACAAGAUCUUGUAGGGAAUCCCACAAACUAGGAGCCCCCAUUUCUUGUAGAUGACAGUAAUCUUCCUUCAUGAUGGGACCUAUAAUACUUGAUCAAUGUGUACGUGGGUGGUUCAUACAGGAGCUACUCCCUCAAAUGUUUCACGCCCGGGUAGUUUAGGGCUUUAAAGGUCAAAAACAGCACCAUGAAUUUAGCUUGGAAAUUAACUCAAGGCAAGUGGAACUCUUCCAGAAUAAUUUAAUAUACUCCCUGCGUGUGGUCCCACACAAUUAAGCUGCUUCAUUCUGAAUUAGCUGAAAUUUACAGAUUAUUUUCAAGGGCAGCUCCCUCCAAAUCACAUCACAGUGAUUCAUUCAAUAAGCUAACAGGGUGUGUAGAAGGUCAGCAAGGACCUUAUCCAGAAAGGCAUGCAUCUACUAAAGCUGGUGAAACACACUUCUGCCCUUAGCCACCACAUGAAAAUCCAGGAGCACAACCAUAUCCAGAUACUGUAAACCUUAUGUUCAAGGGUGUGUGUGAGACUCCCAUAAAACGAGUAAAUCCACAAUUUCCUGGGUUGAUCUGCCUCCCCAUUACAACUGGAUCAAUGAAAAGGUGGAGAGUGGAGUACGCCACACAGAACUUUCCCAGCAAGUUGUAUGUAGAUCUUAAAUAGCAUUUGGAAUAGAACAGAGACUCCUUGAACUCCACAAUGUAACAGCCAGGAUUGUGAGUGGGGUUCAAGAACUACUGAAACGAAGUUGUAAUUACUUCAUGCAUCCAGCUUGUGCAUCAUCCCAAACCUUUUAAAAUGGUUUGACCGGUGCUUGAGUAGCAGAUGCUAAAGUCCUGAAUUAGUAUAUUGUAAAUUAUUGAAAUGCUUUAAUUUUCUCUGCCUAAAAUAUAGAUGUUCCGCUGCUAUUAACUAGAAAAUGUCAAAUGCUGCCUAUGCCCAUAUUGUGCAUGUUCUCCGGGGUAUGGACAAUAACCAUUAACAAUCCACCUUAUUCCUUCUGAAUAAUUCGUAGUAUGUUUUUUAUGUCUAUCUGUUGUUUCAAUAACAGUGUAAUGCUGUUAAAGAAACAGUUAAAAUCUAAAUGAGAAAUAUAUUGCUCCUGUUUGGAACUUAGUGUUUCAGUAUUCUUAAUAGUGCAGUAGAGUAUAGCAGUUUGAAAUUUUGCCAUCGUAGAAUAAAUUAUGAUUUUGUUCAUCUUUAUUUACAAAACAAGCAUCUUCCAAUGCUGGUCAUGCAGGUUGCACUUGUAGGGAAAGUUUAUAUGAAAAAUGUCUGCUUUUGAAAUCUUGUUUUGUUUGCUAAAAUAUUUUUUACAACAUUUGAUACAACUGUGGGAAGAAGUAGGUUCUAGUACCACACGUGCGUGUCUUAAAAUAUCAGUGAUCCUGGGAUGAACUCAUUUCAAUCUCUGACUUGUUUACAUGUUAAAGGGUGCACUGGAGGUUGAAAAGGGUUGAGCAGGUGCUCGUGCUCAUCUUUUGUUUCCCAAAUAGGUGUAUGGCUGAAGCACUCUGAAAUUCCUGGUAUAUGUUGACAGAGAAUAUAGUAUAGUAAUAGACCUGGAAAAAAAUCCCACUGUGUGUAGUUUGUUUAUGAGUUGAAAAACAAAACUAUAUUUUGUUGCUAAUACUAUCCACAAUGCAACAUAGUUGGAGAUAAGUAUCAAUGGGCUUUUAACCCUAUCAGAAGUCUUUUUUCAAGCACUUAUAUCAACAUACGAGUGGGGCUGGGGCUGCAUCUAUAGUUCCACCCCCAAUAUCUUGAACACCGUUUAGCUGCUCCCCCCCUCUGGUGUUUACACAUUAACAGGGAGGGUGCUCUUCCAAGAACAGCUGUAUGUGCAGAGGCUUUCAAACAAGCAGGAACCCUAAAAGCAUGUUGAUGUAAGUACUUGCAGGAAUGCCUAAAAUGGCAUGAGUCUGCACUGACUUGUGGUCAUUGUCUGCUAUUGGAUGUCAGAGAUAGAGGGUACAAUUUGAUUUUGAGGUUCUGAAUUUGAAUGUCUUAUCCUAGGAGGAGGAGGAGGAAUUAAUACUUGGCUCACAAGCUGAAGCACAUUUUACUUUUCUUAACAUUGUCUCAUUUACCCCAGGGGAUAUUAUUUCAUAAAGACAUGGAAAGCAUUAACUGAUGCUACUUGUUACUGGUGAGUAGCAAUAACUGUAGUUGCAGCAGUUGGAAAAGAACCCCUGAAGUUAAGGCGAUGGCUAUCAACCAAUAACUGAGUGAACUGGUUGAUAGGACUGCUUUCAUGAGCAAUAAAUGUAAUGUUUGAACUGACCUUUGAGAGAGAGUGUGCCCAAAUAGCAAACAUUGUGUAGUUAUUAUUGGAUAUUAAAAUUCAAUUAAUGCCUGCUUUCCUGCCCUGCAAGGGAAGUCCAGGCAUAGUCUAGACCUAGUUGAGGCACCACAGUGGAAAAUCCUUUCACUUUUAAAUAGAGAGUCCUUUCUGAGUGUAACUGCAAUAAUAUGCCCAAAUUAUCCACUGUUGCUUAUGGAGAAAUGGUUUUAUAGAGUGUAUUUUAGAAUCCAAUCAGAAUUUUUAACCAUUGUGUCAUGUUUCUAUUUAGGCACGAUAUGACAAGUGUCAGCAUUUGUCUUAAAUGUAAAUGCAAGGGACAGUGUUUGUCUUAAAUGUUUCUACAGUUGCUACAAGUAUUGAAGCUGAACCAGUGCUGACAAUUCUGACUAUAUUUUAGAGAAAACCAGUUUGUAGUAGUAAUGAUAUAGUGAGACAGUGCCACUUUCAGAUUAUUUAAUUUAUUUGUAAGACCAAACCACACACUCACGUUUAAUUAAAACUCAUAAUGUAAUCUUUACAUUGAACAAUUCGUUUCAGCUUCCUUUACAUAAGACUUUUAUGUAGAUGUUAAGUAAUUAAUGCAUAGAAUUGUGCCAUAGGUGUCCAUAGCCACCAAGAGAUAGUUUUCUAGUAGAUUGUAAAUAUUCUAUGUUUUACAGCAAGUAGUUUCUUAUGUUGAUCUCUUGACAUGCUGUACUUUAUGGGUUAUUUACUCCAUUGCCUAUAUAGAUUGAAUUGCAUACAAGACUUUGCCCACUUACAGAGACCUGUGACAAAUUAUCCUGACUAUUUGAAUUUGUUCUUUUAGUCUUAGCAUGCUCCUUCUGUAUGUUAAUUAUUAGCGAACAAAAAGUCAGCUAUGUGUUGGACUUUUAGAUAGGAAGUUUGUUUCUCAAAUUGUCCUCGCCAUUAAUGCUUCUGAAAACGACUAUUUUUAAAACAACAACUGCAAUUAAGGAAUGCCUAGCAGCAUAGCUGCCAAAAAUACUUUUUCAAAAUUCUACUUCUUGGCAUCCAUAUGUCUGUUGUUUAAUUGAAGAGGGCUUUUGCCAGGGGUGCAAUUCUAACUCAGUAUAACUCAAAUGAUAUGAGGCUACUCUUAUCAAUCUAACAUAAUCCAGACAAGUACAAUGUGCCACAAGCACAAAACAAGAACCAGAAAUAUGCGCAGAGCAAAUAACUCAAGCACAAGCUCUCAUCUGCAGACUACACAUCAAGUUACAAAACAUAUGCAUAUAUGUAGUAUAUUGUCAAAUAAUAAAGCAUUUGCAAAAUGGACAUUUUUUUCAAGUCUGUCUUUAGAAGGCAGGCUAUAAAAAUUACUCAUUUUACACAUGGGGUACACUGAUGAAACGUAAUUUUCUUAUUUUCAGAGGGGUAGCUAUCUGUUGCAGCAAAACCAGCAAAUUUAUUGUGGUAUAAAAUGGCAUGGACUAGACUCCAUUUAAUCAGAUGCAUCUGAUGGAAGUUGACUCCAAUCCACAAAGGUUUGUGCCAUAAUAAAUGUGAUAGUCCUUAAGGUGCCACAAGACACCUUGAGAAUUUUCUAAAUAGUUCUAUUGGGUUCUAUUAAAUCCACACAAUUGAAAUAUUAAAUAUUGAAUCACCAAGAUGAUAAUAACUAGGUAGGCUGGGCCUACCCUUUAAAAUAAUUAGGUAUGCUCCCCCCUCCAAAAAAAAUUCCACCGUUGGGUUUUGCCCAGACUGCAACAGACUUUGCAAGAAAUGUAAUAGUGAAUUCUUACCAUUAUGGCAUCCCUAAGAAGACCCUUGAAAAUACAACCCUUUAACAUUAGACUUAAAGCUUUAGCAAAAUCUCAAAGUGUGUUUCAGACAUGUUGUGCUUUUCUUUUUGGUAGGGUUUAUAUCACUUAGCUUGAGUCUUUAAGACAAACAUAUGUAGUUAUGGGGUAUAUUUUACAUCCUUGGAUUAAUUUAAUUAUAUAUUUAAUAUAUUGAUAGUUGUAAAAUUAUUUGUACAUAGUCAAGGUAUCGUAAUGCAACUCUUGCAGUAGGCUAUGCCAUAGGAGUAUUGGUACAAUGCUGCUUAGUCCCACAUUUUUGGAGCCACAAGAGACUGUACUUCUUCCGCAUUUCCUUUAACUUCAGCUUGAAAGUGCAGAAUUUUAAAUUUUAACAGCUAUGUGGAUGGCUUACUGCUAUAGCUUUGAGGCGUUUUCAUAGGACUGUGUAGCUGACCUCAAAACACUUUCAAAGUCUGCUCCCUAAAGUUCUUUUGAUCAUUAGAAAAGCAGAAAUUUUGAUAUAUUUUUAUACAGAAAAAAAUCAUUAAGACAAAAUUUCAAAAGCCUCAUAAUAUAAUGCGACAAAAUACUUAAACACUUAACAUUCUAUGUUUGAAAUGUUUCAAUUUAUGCUGCAGCUGUAGAAUCUCUCUCUUCAGGAAGAGGCAGCUUAAUAUCUUAAUUAUGCUUUUUACAUCUUGUUCUUCAUUACAUCUGUGGUAAUGUGAGGCAGUCCAUUUUAUCCAUACAGGAAAUGUUUUGGUUAAUAUUUUCUUGCAGAUGGCCUGUAUUAUAAAAGCAAAAAUAAUACAUUUUACAGAUUGCACAAGUGUACUUCAUUGUACAUCCACAAUUUAGAGGAUAGUUUGGAUUUUACAGUGCUUCUAGCACUGUGAAACACAAUCUUAUUAUUUUAAAAAUUGAAUAUUCAAUUAAGUAUAGCAAUCCAUUUUAUUCUUCCAAAUACCUCACUUCAAGAAAAGGGAAGCACAGUUGUAAUGUAUCUAAAUCAUUCUAGUGAAUACACACAAAUUAUUGGUCUAAAUGUUCUGAUGCAGCAAUAUUGCCUUCCAGAAUAACCAGGUCUGUGCCUGCCAAAUUCUAUUUUAUGUGUAUUAAUGACGCUUUUGAAAAUAUUUGAUGCUGAAAUCUUAAUGGGUAAAAUUCAACAUAAACCUUACUUAGAGAAGAUUCAUUGAAAUAAAUGGGAAUUCAGUUAGUCAAGACUUAAGUCUCACUAAUUUCAAUGGGUCUGCUUUAAGUAGGCCUUAAGUUAAAUUUUACCCAAUAUUUCUACCAUCCAGAGGAACAUUGUGUGCUCAGUGGGGCCUUCAACAUGUUUCUUGAGUAGCAUUCCUCCAUGCUAUUUAGCAAAUACUUUUUGGAGUUUCAAAAUUGGUUUGUAAUAUGGCAUGUGGUUUGCUGUUUGUAAUUAUAUAUGCAUGCAUCCAUGCCCUGCUGGUCAUUCUCAAGCCUUUGGACAAAUUUAAAGCACCUUUCUGGAUUAUGUGACCAAAAUCUAGAAUAAUUUAUAAAAUAUGAUUUUUAAAAUGAUCAAAGGUUCGAUAAGCAAGGCAACAAGUGGAAUGACUAGAAUAAAAACAAACUCCUAAGACAAAAAGUUUGGUGCAAACCAACAGUUUUCAGUGUUUUGCCAAUGAUGUACAGUUCUACAGUUGGAGUUGCAGUGGUUGCAUUACAUGACACACAAAACUGUCCUCUACCUCAUGUGAUACAAAAACAGAUAUUUUGUAUGGUUUUAGUAAAAAAACAAAAACAAAAAAACAAGAUGCAUUUAUCUGGUCACUUAGUUUACAAAUUUUGAAUUCUAUUUAUUGAAACAUGACAUACUGUGCUCUUAGCUUAUACCUCAAUUGUAUUUUGUGCAGUUUUCCAUUUUUCAUGCAUUGUAAAUAUUCUGUAUAGAUUGUGAUCCACAUUCAAAUAAACAAUUCUAAUAUCAA